AUGAGCACUCCGAUAAAACAUGACAUACAACUAACAUGCCAUGAGAUGUCGUUGUUGCGGGUGCCAGAGUUGAAGGCAGUUUGCAGGUCUAUUGGUCUACCAUUAUCUGGGCGUAAAGCAGACUUGCAACAGAGGAUUAAGGAAUACGUUGAAAACUCUUUGAGGCCAGGCCACAUAGAUCCGUUUAGGCCCAAAGCUAUCCUUGCGUUAAUACAGAAAUCUAAGUUUGGGGAUGUUUUACCCACAUAUGAGUCGGUUUUGCAAGCGUUAAAGACAGGUGCGUUUACUCACCCUGUGGCUACAGGGCAUGCCCCACCAAAUUCCUUAUUCACGUACCCAUCUCAGGAUGCUAUGUCACAGCAGAAUGCUGGCCAGCAGCAACCGCAGUCACAUGUACCGCCAAGGUCCAUCAAAAGUCCUUCAUCUAGUGUUUUCUAUCCUAGCCCGUUUUACACUUUAAAAAGAAUGAUUACGGGUUCUCCUAAGUUAGCUACCAAGUCUCCAGGAAGAGGCACAUGUAAUUUUAAGUUUCGAUUAAAUGAGGUAGAGGUUAAACUUUUACAGGAAGGUCCUGAUGCCAGAUUGUUGCUCUUUUGUGGACCCAUAAGCCAUGGCAAUCGGGUUCAUAUUCAGUUUCCACAUCCAAAUGAAAUUAAAUUGAAUGACAACAUGAUAAAAGAUAAUGUUCGUGGUUUGAAAAAUAAGAUAGGGACUGCAAAGCCCGCAGAUUUGACUCCCUAUGUUAGGCUAAAUCUUGAUAACUAUCUCCAGUUGGUCUACGCAUUUACUAAAGAGGACUAUUUGGUGUAUUUAUACAUUGUGACAAUGAAUAACUCUGAAAAGAUUUUGCAAGGUGUAUCAUCUCAUCCAAAGAUAGUGAAACCUGCAACACUAGCAUAUAUUAAGAAACUUCUAAAUGAAGAAGAAGAUGAUGAUUUGAUGACCACGUCUACUGUUAUGACCUUACAAUGCCCUAUUUCAUAUUCUAGAAUGAAAUAUCCAGUCAAAUCUAUACAUUGUGAUCAUUUGCAGUGUUUUGAUGCCAUGUCAUUUAUCCUUUCGCAAAUGCAAAUACCAACCGCGCAAUGUCCAGUAUGCCAGAAAUCAAUUGAAAUUAAAGAUUUGGCUAUCUGUGAAUUCGUAAAUGAUAUAAUUAAAGCAUCAGACGAAGAUAUUGAGCAGGUUGAAAUUCAUCAAGAUGGUUCCUGGACCGUCAAUAUUGAAGAAUUGGACGCACAGCAAAAUCCUCCAAAGGUUGCGGAAACUGAGGGCCAGACAGAUAUGAAAGAUGAAGAUAUCGAUGAAGUUAUACUAGAAGAUGAUAUGUCGUUUGGUAAAGCAAAUACGGCGGAACCUAUUAUCAUAUCUUUAGAUAGUGAUGAGGAUGACGAGGAUGUCCCUUUAAACAGAGAAGCUAACACAUCAAACCCAGAAGCAGUAAGCCGAAGCAUCCAAUCACCAUCAACACGGGCUCGAAAUCCUACAGGAUCCCUGGGAGCAGGAUCGUCAUCAAAACCAAAUGAUCCGAAUAACACAAGGCUAACAAAUGAUGUUACCUUGAGUUCCCGAUUGGAUCCUAGUCAGCCAUUUGGAAAUUCAUCAACACAUACUAAUGUGAACAGAAAUAUAUCCGGAUCUACGAAUCAAACCUCCGGUACUGUUCCAUUAUUAUCUUCGUCUUCAUCUUCAUUGUCUGCAUCACCUCCUAAUUUAUCUGGGCAUCCUUCCGGAGCUACAGUUGAAGGCCGUGUGUCACCUCCAAAUGUGAAUAGUAAUAUAUCAGAAAGGGCUGCCAACAAUAUAAGACCUCGCGGUGGUUCUAAAAUCCCUCGGGACAAACAAACUUCGCUAAAUCUACAUGGUGCUUUAAAUGACCCAGAUACUCGCACACUUGAUCCUUUAAGGAAUCCGUCUGCCAAUUCUACCACAUUGACUAAUGAGAGAACAAAUUCGGUUUCCUUUAAUAGCUCGGCGGCAGAAGAAACAGGUGUUUCACCCACAACAGAGAAAAGCAUAAUUCCAAAUAUCUUGGGUAAAGCCCCACUGAACAACAAUCAUAGAGCUAAUGAAUAUAAAAGUAAUCGUAUUCCGAUUACUAGGGACAAUCCACCGUUAAACCUGAAUGACGACCAUUCGGUUUUAUUUGGAAGUAGCACAGCAGAAUCAUCGAACACAUCAUCGCUAUCUAAUUCAAACCUAUUAGAACCCACCUCUAAUGUACUUGCAACAAGUGGAACAUCUACUAGCGAUAGUAAUAUAUCCUCAUCAUCUAGAAGCAAAGAAAAUGUUACUAAAAAUCUUCCAGAUGGUUCUGGUCAGCAAACACAUACCACGAAUUUCAAAACUUACGACAAACCUGCAGUGGAUGAACAUGUUCAGCGCUCUACUUCAGCCUCGGCGAACGUUAUGUUAACAACCCUUGAUGGAAAGACUAAAAACCUGAAUACCGAUUCAUCGCAUCGCGAUAAAACACUGAUUUCUAAUUUUAAAGGGCCUACAGCGCAAGUGACAAUUAUAUCAACUCCCUCGGAACGUAGUCGCUUAUCGUCCACACCAUCUGGCGAUUCUUCUACAAUAAGCCCUAGAUUACCUCCUUUACCACUUAUGAAUGUACAUCCCAUCAAUGGCAAUGCCCCACUUACAAGCAAGGAGAAAUCAUUAGGAUCUUCAAAUAGUUCCUCGGUAACGAAGGGAAACGCUAUAUACAACAGUAGACAAAAGAAGCCUCCUGUUUCGCCUUUUAUUCCCAGAAAAUAUACCAGCGUGGUACCAAGAAAGCGCGAGUUAUCGGGAACUGAAGCUACUAGUUGUGCCACCAAAUCAGGCGUGCAGACCGGUAACGCGUCUGGAAAUAGUUCUCGGAUGCGCUGA